CUUGUUCAUUUAUAUCAAUCUAUAUCUAUAUAUAUGAAAGAGAAAUUACUAUUACAGGUUUACUUUGCAAUCCUUUUUUGUUUACACAUUUCAAACUGUAAUUUUAUAUGUACAUAUAUAUAUUAACGAAUUGUUCUAUGCACACACACACAUAAACAUGUGUGUGUAUUCACAUAUGAUUUCAUUCAGAUGAUAUAUAUAUGUGUAUAUAUGUAUAUAUUACAUAGUUACACAAUACCUAUACUCUGAUAUAUACUCAAUACCAUAGAAACAAAACACCUCAUGAUGAUCACUCAACCAGAAGUGUAUAUAAAUAAAUAAAGUAUUAUACUAUGGUGGAGAUGCACACAUAUGUAUAGCUAUAUACACAAAGAGAACAACUCACUUUUAAACAAAAAUCAAUAAUAUGAGCACACAAAUUAUUCAAUUUAUUACUUAUUUCUUUAAUACAUGUGGUUAUUAGUCAAUAUUAUUAUUGGUUAUACAUAGAUACUGUUUGUUUUUUUUCAUAAAUAAAUACCAGAAAUGUAAAAAAAAAACAAUAUGGAAUUUCAUCGUAAUACUAUUCGACAAAUUGGUUACUUUACACCAACCUAUUCUAAUUCACCUAAUAUUAAACGAUAUCCAGAUUUAUUGAAUAAUUAUCAAUCCGAAUCGUAUGGAUUAAAUUAUUUAACACAAUUACAUAUGGCUUAUCAUUUCCCUAAUUAUCACCAUGGAAAUAUAACUAAUAUUGUAGAUAUGGAACAGAGUAAUUAUGAUAAUAAUAAUAAUAAUAAUUUAAACAGAAACCCCCCAAGUAAUAAUAAUAGUCAUGUACGUAUUAAUCAUACACUUGAUGGUAAAACACAAAUUAUUUAUGAAACACCAAGUAAAACACGUCAAUAUUGGUUAGAUCGAUGUAAGUUAUCAAGCAUCAAUUAUAUUGUUAAUAAUAAUACAGAUAAUAAUAAUACAGAUAAUAAUAAUAUAGAUAAUAAUAAUAAUAUUAAUAAUAAUAAUAAUAAUAAUAAUAAUAUUGAUCAUAUAAUAAUAAUCAAUAAAAAUGAUCCCAAUCGAAAUAAAUAUAAAUCAAUGAAAAUAAAAUAUAAUAAUCAAUUAAUCAAUAAUAAAAAUAAUCAAUUUAAUAAUAAUAAUAAUAAUAAUAAUAAUAAUAAUAAUGAUCUGCAUUUAUAUGAAUUAACUGAAAAUGAAUUAAUUUUAUCUGAAUUAGAUCCAUGUUUAAAUGUAUUAAAUUCAAAUAUUAAAAAAAUCAAUAAAAUUAAAUUUAUUGAUUUAAAUCAAAAAAUUAAUAAAAAUAAUGAAAUUUUACCAAUAUAUCAAUCAAUUGAACAUACAAUAUAUAAGGAUGACUUAUCACCAUCUACUAUUUCAAAAUGUAAUACCCGACAACUUCAACAAAAUCAACGUCAGAAUCAUUGUCGACAAAUGGAUCAUUUUCAUCAGAAUCAAUUGAUGGAUUAUAAUCAAUCUCCUUAUCUGAAUCGUAAAAAACAAUUGAAGCAACAAUUAUCAAACAAUCAUUUAAUCAAUAAUCAAACUAAAAUUUCAAUCAAUGUUACAAAUCCUAAAUACAAUAUUAAUAAUAAUAAUAAUAAUAAUCAUUCAAUAUUGAACAAUAUUGAUUAUAUUAAAACAAAAUCUGCAACAACAAUACCAACAUCAUUACCAUAUAGUAUUACAACAACAAUUAAUAAUUGUUACCAAAUUAAUUUAAAAAAUAUUAUUGAUUUAUCUGAAAAAAAUAUUGAUUAUUUAAAUAAUAAAUCCUCUCCAAGAAAGUUUACUGAUAAUCAUACUGAACAAUUUAAUGAAAAUGUCAAUCGUCCAACAUGGUAUCAUUCAGAGAAAAUCAAUCGGACAACAACGAAUAAUCAUUCUAAUGAUCAAAUUACAUCCAUAGAAAUCAAUCCAUCCAGUUCACCAUUCGUUAAUAGGCAAGAGAUAACUAUUAUGUCUAAUAACAAGGAUCAUAAAAGUCAAGUUGGUGAAUUAUCAUCAUCAGAAACAACGGCUACAACAGGGAAAGUACAACAUCAUCACCAACAACAACAACAAAUAUAUCAAGUGACAAAUCAGCCGCCUCUGCCUCUUCAGCAGCACCCACAACAAUUUACGUCAGGUUAUGUAAAAGACAAGUCUAAUUCACUUAAUGUUAAUGUUAAACAGAAUACUUCAGAUAAACUGAAAUUGAUCGAUUCAAGACGUACAACACCGAGACAAUUGAAACAACAUCAAUUAAAACGUAGUCAACCAAUUUCUCAUUCAUCAUUGACUACUAGCACUGAGCCAUCACCCUCAACAACAACAACGAUGAUUCCAUCAGAAUUAUAUCAGCAAAAAUAUACAAUUGCAUUAAAUCAUCCCUAUUCAGAAAAAACAAAAACUAUCACUUCAUCUGAAAAUGUUCAUAGUUCCAUGGAAAAAUCAACAUUUCCUCAACAAAUGACCUCUAGUGAUCUAGCCACAUCAUUUAUUCGUACUGCAAGUUUACAUUUGAAAUCGACACUAUCAAGAUUGAAACGUUCGAAUAGUGGACAUUCAAAUAAACCAUCAGAUAUAAUAACUACCACUACUACCCAUACUGACCUUUUGCCUUCGGUUAAAACAAUUAAUGUUAAUGAGUCAGUAAUGCGUCGUAGUUCUCUUCCUUCUGAUAAUAAUGAUAAAUCUAUAAAACUAAUUGAUGAAAUCAAUGGAAAUACGAAGCGAUUGUAUCAAGAAUUCAAUACUAUUUCGAAAAAUGAUAGUAAGUUAUCUUCAUCACCACCUGGAUGUACAAAGUGGUCUACACGUUUAGGUCCUCCACCACCCCCAUGUAAAACGACAGACAUUGCUACUGCUGUCACAUAUCCUAAAUGUUGUAUAUCGAAACCAUCUUAUGGAACUAACACAUCAGAGACAGCAGUUACAACGACAAUAAAUCCAACACGACUACCAUUAAGUAUUGUAAAUGAUAAUAAGAAAAAUGUUUUAAUUUUGAAUAAUACAACAACGAUGGUUACUACUACUACAACUAAUCCUGUCAAUAUAAAUAGCGUAUCCCAAGUAUUGCCUAAAAAUGAACGGAAUGAAUUAAAUUUAUCAUUAACUGGUGGUGAUGAUUGCGCUGAUUUUGGAGAAUUCGGUCGAAUUAACUUACGUACUGGGAGUUUUAUGGGUCGUUAUCCCAAUUAUUCACACUCGAAUUACCACCUAAUGAACUAUGCCCAAAAUGGGCAGCAUAGACAAUAUUUAUUGAGUGGUAACGAUAAUAGUAUUAGUGGUAUACGACAACAACAUCAAGACGAGCAACAAAAUCUUCCCGAUUACAGACCACUUUAUUUAUCUGUCCAACCGUAUACAACAUUAUCACCAUCUGGGAAUACAACACGAUCAGCACCAUCACCGAGUCUUUCAUCAACUAUAUCAACACAAGGUAUUCCAGGUUAUAAUGAAUCUUCUCAACAACAACAAAUUGUGUAUUUUCGUCCUCAGAGUAGAUCAAUCAAUUUGAAAGCGUCAUCAUCCUCUUCGGUGACAAUGACACGUUCACCAAGAGUGAAUUCUAUGCAUAAUCCACAAUUGUUGCAUACAAUAGAUAAUCCGGAUGACCAGUACUCAAUACCAAUAACACAUCCUCAUGAAAUGCUAUUACUAUCUUCAUCAUCAUCUCCGUCUUGUGUAAGUCCGCAUCCAGAAUUAGACCCAAUUUUAGAACGCCUGUUAUUGGAUGUAACAAGUAUCGAUGAAUAUAGAACAGCAUUACAUAGAAAUGACUCAGUUACUCCGCCAUUAUCGACUAAUCGACAGCGUACUAUCAAUCGCAUACAUACUCCUUUAGGAUCAAGUGAUCCUGAAUCAAUUUCACGAUCGGCUGAUCACAUAACCAAUGUGAAUUUAUCAAAUAAACAAUUAAAUAUAUUACAUGAUAAUAUAUGGAAUUUAAAUAAACAAAUUAAUGAUUUAAUACAAAUGGAAUUUAAUAAUAAACAGAAACAACCAACUAUUAAUAAUAAAUCACUAUUUGGUACUUUGAAAAUAGAUUGUUCAACAGUCGGACCUAGACGUUCAGCUCCAAAUGUUCAAGUUGAAGAAGAAGAAGAAGAAGAAGAAGAAGAAGAAAACAGUAAAACUGAAGCUGACAUUCAAUCAACUACACAACAACAGCAGCAAACAGACGAAACAGCUCCUGCUACUGUCACAAAAACCGGAAAAUAUACAUCAUUUAGAAAACAUCCAUUCCGUUGGUCAAGUCGGACAAGAUCAUCAUCACAUAAAAAAAUAAUUUUAACACAUACACAUUCGUCUGUUGUACGAAGUGAUCAACAUAUUAAUAAAGAUGAGCAUACAAUUCAUUUAUCUACGAGUUCUUUACAAGCUACACCAACCAAAUCAAUAAGAACUACUAGGAAUAAUAAAUCUACUAAGAAUCGCCCAAAUUAUAACUGUGAUAAUGAUAAUAUAUCAAUUAGUUAUAAUCAGUUAAAUGGUGAACAACAGCCAUCCGUAAUAUCUAAUAGAAUGGAUUCAUUGAAUUCAAGUAGUAAUUUAUUAGAUACAAAAAAUGUAUUACAUAAUUUGAAAAAAGAUGAUUAUGUAACAUUUUGGUCAUUAUCAGUUGGACAAAUAACAAUCUUACGAAAAUUAGCUCUUAUACAAUUAGCCAGUAUAGCUGAUAAACAUUGUUCCAUAAAUCGAUCUCCAUUUAGUUGGCGUUUUAUGAAAUAUAGAGCGCUUUUAACUUCUGGUGAUUCAAAUUUGAUAUCUAACUCAUUAAGUACAUCUCCAUUAUCCGAUAAGAAACCAUUUUCUAGUACAAAUAAUGAAAUGUCUGUGAAUAAUCUAAAUUCAACUGAACCAAACAGUCUUUCUCAUCACCAUCAGACACAAUCACCAGGUUAUGAACGUAUACCUCAAUUACCUAUUCGUCGUAUAUCCUAUACUGGGCCAGUGUUUGGUCAAUCAUUAUCAAGUUGGCAACGUCGUUUAGGUUAUCCUCUUCCACCAGCUAUUGUGCAUAUGAUGGAUCAUUUAGAAUUAAAUGGUACUACAGCUCAUGGACUGUUUCGACGUCCAGGCGGUAAAUCAAGAAUAUUAGCAUUGAGAGAAGAGAUUGAACGUGACAUAAACUGGAGAAAAUUCGAUGAUUGGCAACCAUAUGAUAUAGCAGACUUACUGAAACAAUUCUUUCGUGAAUUACCAGAAUGUUUAUUUACCAGUAAAUUAGCUACAGUACUUGUCAAUGUUUAUAUAUGUGUUCCAAAUUCAGUACAAAUUGAUUUACUCCGUUGGAUAUUAAUUAGUUUACCAGAUGAAAAUCGUCUUAUUCUACAGAAAUUAUUAUAUUUACUCAAUCAUUUAUCACAUCAUAGUGAUGUAACUGAGAUGAGUGCUAGUAAUUUAGCUGUUUGUUUUGCACCAUCCUUAUAUCGAUUAAUUAAGCCAUCAUCUUUAUCUACUCAAGGUGUAAGUCUUAGUCCAAGACGUCUAAGACGAACAACUAGUGGACCAGAUCCCAAAGAUUUAGCUGAUCAACAUGCUGCACAAUUAAGUUUAAGUGCAAUGAUUACGUUGGCACCAAACUUAUUCCAAAUCUCCUGCUCUUUAUUAGAGCAUUCAACUCUCCUGACUAGUUUAACUCCAUUGGCACAAGAUUUAGAGUCACUAAUACCGAAUGGUGAUUGGCCUCAAUGGAUACAAAAUUCAUUAACUGAUCUUAUACGUGAAUGUUCUUCAUCAAAAUCUAAAGGAUGGAACACGAUUAAUCGUGAUGUUAUGAAGUAUUACAAUGCUGAUUCGGGUGUUAAUGAAUCGUUGGAUAAUUUUGAAAUUCAUUACAAAAAAAUACCAACUUCAACUGAAUCAAAAAGUACAUCAAAUUCUUUACGUUUAUGGCGUUGUUCACUGUAUAUACCUGAAACUAAUCCACGUGUAAUAUUAAAUCGAUUUGUGGAAACUAGAUCAUCAUGGGAUCCAGAAGUUGUACAAAUGACAAUAGUUGAUCAAAUAUCUGAUAGUGUUGACCUUUGUGAACUACAUUUAUCUUCAACUUAUCCACAACCAAAAUGUUUACUACAAUUAUUACGUGGUAUACAAUAUACAUUGGAUGAUGGGAGUUGUGCAAUGUUAAGUGAAUCAAUAUGUAAUUCUGCAUUCUCCAUUACAGACACUACUCAUUCUUUGACAACAUUAUCAACGAGUCCAUCGAUGAAUGUUCUAGGUCAUGUGUAUGAAGAUCAUGUUUAUAUUCGUCCAGAUAAUAAUGGUCGGGGUUGUCGUGUAUAUUUGUUGUCUCGAGUUGAUGUAAAAGGAUAUGGGCCUGAUUGGUAUGUAAAUCAAUGGGGUCAUACAUUAUGUCGACGAUUAAUCAAUUUACGACGAUCAUUUCAGAAAUCUGGAUCACCAGUUUUAGUUUAUGAAUUGGAAGAUUCAAUAUCUAGACCUUCCCCACCACCUUAUUCAACUGUAACUGUAAGUACUUCAGCAACAACUACUACUGUUUCUACAAGUACACAUAUACCAGUUUCAUCGCCAUCUAUAGAUACAUCAUCAUUAUCAACUGAUAUAUUAAUUAAUCGAUUUUAA